AUGUCAAAUGAAGAGAAAGAUACUAAGAUAACAAUUAAUGAAAAAGAAGAAGAGGAAUAUCAGCGUUCCUGCAUGAGGAAGAUCUCCCGGAUCGUGGUUCUAAUUUUGAUUGGACUCCUUGCUACCUGCUAUUAUAUAUUUGUGGUGGAGCUGUGCAUAUUCACUGUACAGUUAUUAGAGGCAAAGGUGACUUUCCUGGUGAUUUUCCACCUUUUGUUCCUCCUGUGCGUGUGGUGCUAUCUCCGGACUGUUAUGAUGCCUCCCGUUGUCCCUCCUGAAAAAUUCCGCCCAUCGGAGGCUGACAAGCAGCUGUACCUGAGUGAUGAGAGGCCACAAGUGCUGCAGGAGAUCCUCAUUCGUAUGGCUAAAGACUUGCAUAUUAAGAAGGCUGUAAGGUACUGUACCACAUGCCAUGUGAUAAAGCCAGACAGGUGCCACCAUUGCCCAGUGUGUAACGUCUGUAUACUGAAACUGGAUCAUCACUGCGGAUUUCUAAACAACUGUGUGGGAUUCUCCAACUACAAGUUCUUCCUCCUCGCUGUGAUGUAUGGAGUGCUAUUGUGCAUAUUCACUAGCGCAGUGUCGCUUUAUUGCUCCAUACUUUUCUGGACUCAUCAGCUGCCCAACAGCCCAUCCAAAGUCCCUAUCAUUGUGCUGUUCAGCCUGACCACGUUCUUCGCUAUAAUGCUAUUCCGACUUUUCCUUGAUCAUUUCGAACUGGCUCUAAGGAAUAUAACUGAUCGGGAGGACAGUGAUAACACAGAGGAGUUUAAUCCCUAUAACUUGGGCUUCAGCAAGAAUCUGAGAGAAGUGUUUGGCAAUGAAAAGAAAUACUGGUUCCUCCCAAUCUUCAGCAGCUUAGGAGAUGGCUUCUCAUUCCCAAUGGGUGAGGCUACAAUGGACAUAGAGAAAAAUGCUGCUAAUGUUCCCAAACCUGUUAGUGAGAACCAGAACUGA